AUGUACAUGCACGUAGACCUGGAAUAUACCACCGGCACUACUCCCAGUGCUCACGAAAAGCCAACACUUCUUCACACUUUUCUGGAGAAGCUUUCGCCCACGACUUCCUCGCUAUACCACCACUUGACAAUCAUCGAUGGCAGCAGAAACUUGACUGCUAAGGAUAUGAGAAUCCUCGUCGACUUGAUCAAUAGCAAACUGCCCAACCUUCUUACUUUCAGCCUCGAAGCCGUCAAUCCUGAAACCAAGGCUUGGCCUGAUUUUGUUACAUCCGAAUGCUGGAGAGACUUUCUUUAG